CCCGCCCGUGAUUGACACGCCGAUCACGUCGCAGGGAGGCGGGGGAGCCGUGCUGCUGGUGGCGGGGCUGGGGAAGGGCCAGGCCCAGCGCCGGCAGCCAGAGGAGAAGGGGAGGCGGCAGCAAUCGCGAGCGCAGCGUGGGCCUCCCCCUCUCUCUCUCUGCUCUCUGGAGCCAGGCAGGCAGGCAAGGCUCGCUCGCUCGCUCGGGCAGCAACAAGUGCGGAGGCAGGCGAGCCGCGGACUGACGUCAGCGAGAGGAGUAUUAUGGUCUGGGCUGGGCUGGCUCCUGCCGCCGAAGCCGCCGCCGAAGCCGCCGCCGUUGCUUCCCUGCUGCCCGCGGCCGAGUAAACAUGGAGCUCUCCGCCGUGGGCGAGCGGGUCUUCGCGGCCGAGGCCUUGCUCAAGAGGCGCAUCCGCAAAGGCCGGAUGGAAUAUCUUGUGAAAUGGAAAGGCUGGUCUCAGAAAUACAGCACUUGGGAGCCAGAAGAAAACAUCCUAGAUGCUCGCUUGCUGGCGGCUUUUGAGGAAAGGUACUCUGUUUGGGAAAGAGAAAUGGAACUGUAUGGUCCGAAGAAAAGAGGUCCCAAACCCAAAACCUUCCUGUUAAAGGCCCAGGCCAAAGCCAAAGCCAAAACCUAUGAAUUCCGCAGUGACUCUUCCCGGGGGAUCAGGAUGCCUUACUCUGGUGGCCGCUCUCCCCAAGACCUGGCCUCCACCUCCAGGGCUCGAGAAGGGCUGAGGCAAAUCCCACUGCUCCACCAGAGCAGCUCCGCCAGUGCCCCCACUAGUCCCACCACCCGAGUGGAGACCAUCCAAGAGAACCGGGUGGGAUCAGAAGAAGACAGAUCUGACAGCGCCUUCAAAAAGCGGGGCCCAAAGCCCAGGAAAGAGUUCUACAAAGACCUCCCUGAAACUGUUGAUCCCACUUCCAAAAGGAAGUCAUUGGAACCAGGAGACAAGGUGGUGGUGGAUUACCUGAAAGCCAGAAAGUUGGAAGAGGCAGCUCACCCUUCUGCAGCCAAGUUCUCGGGACACAGUGUGAUCCAGUUGGCCCGGAGGCGGGAGCCCGAAUUGCCCAGUGCUGGAUCCAGCACCAGGGCAGAAGCUGGCAUGAAACUGGGUGCCCCUGAGAGUUAUCCUCCCAGGCUGACCAAGCACAGGGCAGAUUUCCUGGAUCCAAAAGGGCAGAGUGGUUUAGACUUGGGUGCCCCUAAGAUUUUGCACAGCUCUGCCAAUCAAAGCAGCUUAUAUGGAGAUGGCAUAGGGACGCAGGCUGGCAGGCCUUCCCUCAUUGCCCGCAUCCCGGUCUCCAGGAUUCUUGGUGAUCCAGAAGAAGAGGCUUGGAGCCCAUCUCUUAACAACUUGGAGAAGGUGGUAGUGACUGAUGUGACCUCAAAUUUCUUGACAGUUACCAUUAAGGAGAGUAGCACAGACCAAGGGUUCUUUAAGGAAAAGCGAUGAAUUAAUUCCCUUAGGGAGGGAGCAGGAGGCGGCAUGGAAUGGGUUUGGGUAGAAGUCCUCUGGCUUUGGAUAUUUUUUUUCUUGGACAUGAUUACAAAAUCUGUCCUUAAUUCAUUAUUUUAUUCCCUUCCCUUCCCUGCCACCAGUUUCAGUUUCCGUUGAAAGAUUAUCUCUAGAGUUAUAUUUUCUAUUAGGUGUAAAUAUGUUAUUUAAAGAGAAAUACAUAUAUAUAUAUAUCUAUAUGCAUAUAUAUAUUUCAGCUCUAAGUUUUUGUUUUUAUUUAAAGCUCUUGGAGGUGGACAGUAAGCAGAGAACUGAUAUUUCUCUUGCCAUGGUUGCAAGAGCAGGGACCUUAUUAAGUAAUUAUAGCAUCUUUGUUACAGUUUUGUUUCAGUUGCUCCCUCUCUCCCCCAAGCUGAUGUUGAGGGCAAGUAGGGGUUCUUAUAUUCAUCUGGGGCCAAAAAGGGGGCUCCAAUUUUUGAUUGUUAUAUUAUAAUGUGUUGCUUUGUACAAUCAAGUGUGCUGUAUACACAACUGUUCUAGCUGGACAGCUGAAGGAAGCACUUGACUUUCCAGUAUUGUCUUGCCUUUGUUUUGAUCCAGUUAAAAAAAUGUUGGUUUAAAAAAGUGUACAUUAAAACCAGUUGGGAGAUGUUUUAGCAAUGAAGUAUUAACUUGAACAGCCUUUUCUUACACGGGAAAGGGGGAUGUGUCUGUUUUAAGAUUCUGAGAAAGUGUAGCUGCUGUCAUGCACUUUAAUAUGAUUGUCAAAGGGAGAAGGAAGGUGGGGGAGGAGGGAACUGAGAAGAUAGUUUAGUUCACAUAGUCUGGGCUUUAGGGGGUUUUUUUGUUCUUCCCUGCUCACUCCAAAAAGAAAAUCUGUUUACAUUCCUCACAUGCCAGAAAAGUUGGGGAGGAAAGCAUGUCAUAGCUCAUACUGUAGGUGCUCCUAAUCUUAUACUGAGUGGAUUCCCUCCCCAGGAACCAUUGCAGUUCCUACCCUAGUCAUUGGGUGACUGUUUUGAAGGUGAUGUAGAAAAGCUGUCUCUUCUGGAUCAGUGUAAAUCUGAGAAGAGAGAUAGAUGCAGGGAAGACUGUUCCCUUUUUAAAGCCAGUUAAAACAGUUGAGCAAGACCAGUUUCACAGCAGGGUGCUGUUCUGUAUAUCAUUAUUUUUCUUGCAUUUACUUUCUCUCCCUCUUUCCACUAAAUUUAUAUGUUUUCAAUUAAAAAUGGAGUAGUUUUCACCCACCAAUUUGUAUGAAGCAUAUAAACCCACUAACCUGGUCCCUUGAAGAAAGCAAUACAUGAAAUCUAGUUGACUUUAUGUGAUUCAGCUUUUCUUUCUACUUCAUGGUAAUGCAGGUUUGCCCCCACCCCCUGUCAGUUUUUUUUUUUUGCAUUAGAAGGGAAUGUGUUGAAAAGUAUGAAUGGCCUGGGGAAGUUUUCAUUUACUUUCAGCAGAUGCUGUGGUAUCUCAAUAGAUAUUGAUUUAAGCCUUUUGUCUUGUACAAAAAGCCCAAAUCUGGCAUAACACUCCUCAAGCCCCCCUCCCACACACAACAAUUUUCUACUGAAUAGUCCCCUUGUUAAAAUUUUCUAAGUGGUGACUAAACAAGGGACAACAAGACAUGUGUCACAGCUACAAGUGGGUGUGGGAAGAAGUGUCAGUACCUUUCCCUUCCCCUUCUGAGGUGGAAACAUUUGCUUCUUUAACUGACCUAGCUUCUUCCUUUUGGGACAUUCUCUUCAACCAAAUAACAAAUUGCCUUUCUGUUUGGUUUGUACUGAGGACAUGUCAGGUUGUUCCCUCUCCCUUCUCCUUCUCCCUCUUUAAGCAAACAAAAACCACACCAGUUAUUUAAAUUCCUUUCAGUUCAUGUUAUAAAUCACAGAAAUGUUGAGUUCUCCCUCAUGAAGUGGGGUGGUGAGUCAAGAAAGGCUUGUCAGCUGGCAUCUGUUGGCAGCAGGAGGGUCAGGAUGGCUAGUGGCCAGGAGGGCUUCCUCUUUAGUCCAACUAGAGUUCACAUCCCACCCAACCUCCUCAGGUGUCACAGUGGCAUGUACCAACUCUGCUGUGCGUUUCUGGGCACACAUCCAUGGGUAUAUAAAAGCUAGACAGACAUAAACAUGUGGAUGUGUAUAUGUGUGUGUACAUAGUUACAUAUAUUGAAUGUAUGUGAGUGUGAGCUAUUUAAUUCUCUUGAAGAUCUGUACAAAGGAAAAGAAAAGAAAACUUAUAAUCUCUCAUUGAUCUGACCUAACAGUCUCAGAAGCUUAAGUAGGUGUCUUCUGCCAAUGUUGAAUGUUUAAUACAGUACCUGCUUUCUAUGUGAAUUGAAAUAUAUAUAAUACUUUGUAAAUAGA